UAAUUUCCAAGUCUUAGUUCUGUCCACUUUUAUUCAAUUCUCAUAGACUACAUUAAUACAGCAGGUUGACUACCAAAACCUGUUUUUUCUUCUUAAUUCUAUGGGCAGCUGUGAGAAUUUAUCAAACCACGAACUUAUUAGCAGCUUGAAAAAAGAUGAAGUAGCUAUAAUCAUGGUUCCAUUUCCAGCUCAAGGCCAUCUCAACCAACUUCUCCAACUUUCUUGUUUAAUCUCCUCCUACGGUCUUCCGGUCUACUAUGUUGGCUCAGCUACACAUAACCGACAAGCCAGGAUUCGAGCCAACGCCUUAAAUCCUUCGGACAUAGCCCAAAUCCAUUUCCAUGACUUACCAACUCCUGAAUUUGCCUCCCCUGAACCUGACUUUAAUUCCUCAAGCAAAUUUCCCGCGCAUCUUCAGCCAUCAUGGGAUGCUUGUAUGCUUUUGCGCGAGCCUAUUGCUUCCUUCUUUCGCAAUAUUUCUUCAAUAUCAAGAUGAGUUGUUGUUGUUCAUGAUUCUUUAAUGUCCUACAAUGUUCAGGAUGUAUCAUGUUUUCCCAAUGUGGAAUCUUAUGUAUUUAAUUGCAUUUCAGUAUUCACUUUGUACUGUUUGAUAUGCAUAACUAGGGGGAUGUCAAUCCAACUUGAAGACGAAUUGCUUAAAAAGCUACCUUCCCUUGAAGGAAUAAUGACCGAUGAAGUCAGGGAAUUUGGAGCUUCACAGAAACCGUAUAUGGAAAUCAGAUCAGGUGAUAUCCAUAAUACGAGUAAAGUAAUCGAAGGCAAGUUUCUUGAUUUGUUGACACUAGUAACAAGUGAACAGAAGAAGAAACAAUGGGCAAUUGGACCAAUUCUCCCUACUAAACUAGAUCAUAUCUCAAAUAGGAACAAUAUAUGUUUGGACUGGCUUAAGAAACAACCUCCAAGAUCAGUCCUUUAUGUAUCAUUUGGAACAACAACUUCAUUUUCCUAUAGAGAAAUCAAGGAGCUCGCAAUGGGAUUAGAACAAAGCAAACAGAAGUUCAUAUGGGUGUUGAGAGAUGCCGAUAGAGGAGAUAUCUUUACCGGAGAAGCUAGAAAAGUUGAGUUGCCAGAAGGGUUCGAGGAAAGAGUAAAAGAGGUAGGUUUAGUGGUUAGAUAUUGGGCACCACAACCAGAAAUCUUGGCUCAUUCGUCGACAGGUGGAUUCAUGAGUCAUUGCGGAUGGAAUUCUUGCAUAGAGAGUAUUACUAUGGGAGUGCCAAUAGCUGCUUGGCCUAUGCACUCUGACCAACCAAAAAAUGGUUUUUUGGUGACAGAAAUAUUGAAAACAGGGAUGCUUGUUAGGGAGUGGGGGAAACGCGGGGAGCUGGUGACUGCAUCCACUAUUCAGAAUGUUGUGAGAAAGUUAAUGGCAUCAGAAGAAGGUGAUGUGAUUAGGAAAAGAGCAGAAGAACUAGGAGAGGCUGUAAGGCGGUCCACAGAGAAAGGGGGUGCUUCUCGUAAGGAGUUGGAUGCUUUCAUCGCGCAUAUCACAAGAUAGACUCAUUUUUCACCAGAAUCUUAGGUGGCCGUGGUUUCUAGAUAUUUCUUCUUUGUUUUUCCCUUUUCAAGUAAUUUGGUUACUUUCUCAAUGUUCUUUAAACAUGUCACUUGUCUGGUUCUUGACUCAGACUAUUUUAUAUACCUUAAAUUUCUUUGAUCUCGGUAUAUUCAAUAUCUGAAGCUUUUUAUGAUAAUCGAAAAGAUGACUGCUA